AAACUUGUCAGUAUUAAAAACAAUAUUGUGUCUGCUACUUAAAUUAUUAUUGAUAAAAAUAACAUUUUUUAAACAAUGAAAAAUUUUACAAUUUUUCUUGGUGUACUGCUUCUUGCAGUGGCAGGAGUGAAUUGUCAAAUGGAUGAUAUGCCUGAAAGCAUGAAAGCUGUUAUGGACAGUUGUUUAAACAAAUUCGACGUCUCUAAAGAUGAAUACAUAACGGCUGUUAAAAAUAAUGAUUACAGUAUAAAUGCAAAAAAUCGUUGUCUGCGAGAAUGUUUCAUGUCAGAAAGUGGAGUAAUGAAAGAUGGAGAAAUUAAAGUCGACAAACUUAAGGAAUUAAUGGUUGGUUAUAAUCCAAGUGUAACUGAAGCUGAUAUUGAAAGUACUCACGUUAAAUGUCUAGCGCAAGCUCAACAAAAGACAGAAAAAUGCGAUUUUGCAAAUGAAUAUGGAAAAUGCGCCGAUUCAGUCUUCAUGAAAGCAUAAUGCUUUAUAUUUAUACAAUAUAAUCUAAAAUAAAAACAUUUUUUCAAUGAAUUUUCCAAAAUUGAAAGAAUUUGAAAGAGAAAAGUAAUAAAAAUACAAUUGUAAUCCUUAUCUACUGUUGAUGUAAAAUUAUAUUGUUGACAAAUAAAAGGAAAGAAAAAACAAA